ACGAAGCCACUGGAGUUUUGACGUGGCUGCUACGUACCUGCCCGUUUGCCCACUCCGAUUGCAGCAAAGUUGGUGACGAGAAAUACGUAACUGUACAAUCAGUUUUACGUCUGCUGUGGAAUAUGCCGUAAAAUAUGGCGCCUUAAGGAAGAUGUAUGAAUUUCUUGAAAAGGGCAAUGGGGGUUACGUGACGAUUUUGACAUCUCUUUUCACCGAUAACCGACACAUCGUGAUACCAAUCGGGUUUGAAGUUCCCAGGCUAUGGAAAGUAUGGUUGAGGAAAAUGGAUCAGCUGUUGACCCAUUAUCUGCAGGUUCUCAAAGUGGUGAUGCAGCACCAGCAAUAGCUACAUCGGUACAAUCUCUCAAUAGAACACAGCAGCAAACUCAUCAUCUGGUAGCUUCUACCAGCAUUGUGCAACUGACACUACCUACGUCAGGGGCAACACAGGUACAAUCUGUUAUACAACCUAAUCAACAAUCAGUCAUUCAGACUGCAACGAACAUUCAACCUGUUGCUAUUUCAAAAGGAAAUGUCAUACUUGUUAGUAAACCGAAUUCUGUUAUACAAACAGCUCAAGCAAGUUUACAAACACUACAGGUCGUUGAAACUGGUAGUGAUGAUAGUUUCUCAGAUUCAGAAGAAUCUCCAGAACAAAGAGGGGGAAUUCUUACCAGACGGCCAUCUUACAAGAAAAUUCUCAAUGAUCUAGGUGGUGGUGAAAUUACAGACGGUCGAUUGCCCCCUCUAGAAUCAUCUUCUGAGUGUGAUUCUAACGUGGACAGUGAAGUGUCUUCCCAUUCGCUUCAUUAUCAGACAGUAAUUCCUGCUGGCACCAUUCAAAUUGCCACUCAAGGAGAAGGUGUCCCUGGACUUCAUACCUUAACUAUGAGUAAUGCAGCAACAGCAGGUGGAGCUAUAGUACAGUAUGCACAGGGUCAAGAUACACAGUUUUUUGUCCCAGUCUCUGACAAUGUUCCAGCUUACACAGGUCAUGGUGUUGUAGUAGAAGAUGCAGCUAGAAAAAGAGAAUUAAGGUUGCUUAAAAAUAGACAAGCAGCUCGCGAGUGUAGAAGGAAAAAGAAAGAAUAUAUAAAGUGUUUAGAAAAUCGUGUAGCGAUAUUGGAAAAUAGAAAUCAGACACUUAUAGAGGAACUCAAAUCGUUAAAACAAUUAUGCGAACCGAAAACUGACUGAGGUUGGUGUUUAACGUUGAAACAUUGUAUGAAAACUAUUAACUUGCUAAAAAACUUGUACAUGUCUUCUUUGUGUACAUUAUCCUAAACGUUGUUAGAUAAGCGAUGGUGAUGUACAUGCAUUCUUAUAAAUAAGUGUUUCUGUAACAUACUGUAUUUAAAAUGCGAAUAUGAAGGCUUGUGAAACUUGCUGUUACUAAAGCGAGAAGCCAAAGGUAUAUGAGAUGCAGAGGCAGCAAACUUAUAGGCAAUAUUCUGGAAGUCAAUCUAUAUUUUGGAUAAACUUAACAAUUAUAUGAAUUUAGGUUAUUGAUAGAUUGCGGAUUUGUGUGCAUUUUAAAAUUUUUAUAAACAUAAUUAAAAAUAUGAAAUCUAAAUAGAAAAUUGUUUUUCCUACAUGUUAUAACAAAUAUCAC